AUGGUUGAGAUUGCAUGGAGUUUCAGGGAGCAAGGUGGCCCAUCUGUAGCCUGGGGGUGUACGAUAGAGAAGUUUACCAAAAUGAACCCUCUAGUGUUUUCAGGAGGAGCAUAUCCUACAGUUGCCAAGAACUGGAUGCAGGAGAUUGAGAAAGUACUAAUGGUGUGGCAAUGCACUAAUAAGCAAAAGGUCUUCUAUGCCACGUAUAAGUUGACAAGCGAGGACAAGAGAUGGUGGACAGCUACGAAGUUAUUGGAGGAGCAGAGACUUAUACCAGUGGCUAUGACCUGGAGCCGGUUCAGGAAGGUAUUUUUUGACAGAUAUUUUCCCACUACUGUGAGAGAGAAUAAGGUGGUAGAAUUCCUAAAUUUGACUCAGGGAAAUCUCACGGUUCAGCAGUAUGCGGCAAAGUUUAUUGAGCUGUCACAUUUUGCUCCUUACAUGGAUGAGGCUAAGAAGGCAAGAAUGUUUGAAAGAGGCUUGAAGCAGGAAAUUUUUAGACAGGUGGUAGUUCUAAAGGUGUGGGAUUUCUCUGAGCUAGUAAACAGGGCUACAGUAGUAGAGGAGAGUGUACAGAGGGAUGCUGAGGUGCAGAGCCAGAGGAAAAGGCCCAUGCCUCUAGGUUUUCAAGCGGGUUCCAGUCGAGGCUCAUGGAGAAGAGACCGGUACAAUGGAGGCCAUAGGCAGAUGACGGAACAUUGUGGUUUCCAGGGUGAGCAAAUUUAUCCCAUUUGCCCUAGGUGCGGCCGGAGACAUACGGGAGAAUGUCGUUUGGGAGAGAACAUUUGCUAUCAGCAUGGGAGACCUGACCAUAUGACACAAUCAUGUUAG